AUGAACAACGCCGUGGGGGCCUCCGCCGUCAUGAAUGGCGAGAAACCUUCAAAGACAAGACUACGUGGAAGAGCUUUCUACGAAAGCUUAGGUAGUCCCAAAUACAUCUUGGCGCCGAUGGUCAACCAGUCGGAGUUUGCCUGGCGAAUGCUCACGCGGUCAUUCAUGUCUCCCGGGAAACAACACGAGCUUCUUGCAUACUCGCCGAUGAUGCACGCAAGACUAUUUGCAGAAGUUACAAAGUAUCGGGCCACGAAUUUCCUCCCGACAAGGACCGCUAUACCUUCUCCUCCAGAGCCAUAUGACGGGAAGCCGGUGCAAGAAGAUGACCUGUUCCUAGAUGGGAAUCCCAAGUUCGAUCGACCACUAUUCGUACAAUUUUGCGCAAACGAUCCUGACAUACUAUUGGCGGCUGCACAGCACGUACAACCAUAUUGCGACGCAGUGGACUUGAAUCUGGGUUGUCCACAAGGAAUAGCUAAGAAGGGGCACUAUGGAGCUUUUUUACAGGAGGACUGGGACCUUAUCGCGAGGAUGAUCAGGAAGCUAAACACAAACCUGGAUAUACCCAUCACGGCCAAGAUGAGGAUUCUGGAAACAAAGGAGAAGACGUUGGAAUACGCUAAGACAAUUAUAGAGGCUGGUGCCAGCAUUCUCACUGUACACGGCCGACAGCGAGAUCAAAAAGGUCACAACACUGGGCUUGCAGAUUGGAGUGUUAUCAAGUACUUGCGCGAGCAGUUACCCGCUGAUACUGUCAUGUUCGCAAAUGGAAACAUACUCCAACAUGGCAACAUAGACCAGUGCUUGCGCGAGACUGGCGUUGACGGCAUCAUGAGCGCUGAGGGUAACCUAUCUGACCCAACAAUCUUCUCAGAGCCUCCUCCAAUAGGUCAGGAAAGUCGAGAGUAUUGGAGAGGCAAGGAUGGCAAGGGUGGCUACCGAAUGGAUGCUGUGAUGCGGAGGUAUAUUGACAUACUCUACAAGUAUGUUCUUGAAAGGGAACCGCCAGAACGCCUACCCUUGUUUGUACCUUCCGAUGCACCGUCAAGUGACAAAGUUGAGGAGAUUAACGGCAAGGUGGAAGACGCCAGCUCAGAGGGUCCGCCUCGAAAGAAAGCAAAGGUUGAUCACGUCCGCUCAAAAGCACCACGAGACCUAAAUCCCAACAUGGUCGCUGUUCAGCCGCAUCUCUUCAGCCUUCUGAGGCCCUUGGUCUCCGUUCAUCACAAUGUGCGCGAUGCGUUAGCUCGUCACCGGCCCGGCGACUUGGACUCGCUUGAGAAUGUGUUGACUUUGGUUGAAGCGGCUGUCAAAAAAGGUCUCGUGGAGUAUGAGCAUGAUUCGGCGAAGGAGCCCCAAAAACUUAACGAGAGCGACGCUAUUGGCAGGUGUAGACGACCUUACUUCAUAUGUCAACCAUAUAUUCGUCCUCUACCCGCCGAAGCGCUUGCUAAAGGCAGUAUGCAAUUGAGUAAGAAAGAGAAGAAGAGGCGGGAAGAGGAAGAGGCAGAGCGGAAGCGACUGGAGAAGCACACCACUCAACCUGAAAAGCCGGAGCCGACACGAAACGAAGCAGGUACAGUACAACAGAGUGCUGUAUACGGAUGA